CUCUGCAGCGAGCAUGAUUAAUUCCCCGGAAUUGAGGCCAUCAUUCUGCAUUAAAUUACUCCGCCCGUUUUAAUUAACUGACACCAGUCCGACAAAUCCACCACUACCCUCCUUUCCCUUCCCUUUUUCUUUUCUUUCCGUUACGGAAGAAGCAGAAGAUUCAAAAUUUUCCACACUAUCCUCUGCCACCACUCUCCCCACUCACACACACACACACACACACAGAGCAGAGUCCCCAGCAACAUCAACAACAACAACGACAACAAUAAAAGUACCGUUUCCUUUCCUUUUCCACCAUUCGCCCUUCAAAUAUUCUCUCCUCUCCCCUCUUCUUGUUUUUGUUUAUCUUUCCUUUCUUUCUUUCCAGCUACCUUUUCCCCCACCAAUACCAUGUUCGCUCUCGUUCCACUCGCAUAUCCUUUUUUAACUUAAUUUAUCCACCACAUUUAACAACUCUCAAUCUCAAUCUCUAGUAGUGCUUCUAAGUAAGUAGUAGUUCUAACACCACCCCCCCCCCAACCAUAACCAUGGGUGGUGGUGGUGGUGGUAUUCUCUCUCUUCUUUUGAUCUUCUGCUGCUGCUGCUUCUGUUUGUUCUUCGGCUGGGGUUCGUGUAACCAGACGUAUAUAGUGUACAUGAACCCGGCGCACCGCCCGGCCGUGCACCCGACGGCGUCGCGGUGGUACGAGGCGCAGCUGCAGUCCCUCUCCAUCGACCCCUCGCGCCGCCUCCUCUACUCCUACUCCGCCGUCGCCCAUGGCUUCGCGGCUCGUCUCCUCCCCCGCCACCUCCCGCUGCUCCGCCGCCACCCCUCCGUCCUCCUCCUCGUCCCCGACCCCCUCCUCCGCCUCCACACCACCCGCUCCCCCUCCUUCCUCGGCCUCGUCCCCUCCUCCUCGGCCUCCGCCUCCGCCUCCGCCUCAGCGCCCCUUCGAGCCCUCGAUGCCGCGGCCCACGACGUCGUCGUCGGCGUCCUCGACACCGGGGUUUGGCCCGAGAGCCCCAGCUUCAGCGGCGACGCGCUGCCGCCCGUGCCGGCGCGGUGGCGCGGCGCCUGCGAGGCCGGGGUCGACUUCGCCCCCUCCCUCUGCAACCGCAAGCUCGUCGGCGCGCGCAGCUUCUCCCGCGGCUUCCGCGCCGCGGGGGGGGCCGCCGAGUUCGCGUCGCCCCGCGACCGCGACGGCCACGGGACGCACACGGCGUCCACCGCCGCCGGCGCCGCCGUCGCCAACGCCAGCUUCCUCGGCUACGCGCCCGGGACGGCCCGCGGCAUGGCCCCCGGCGCGCGCGUCGCCGCCUACAAGGUCUGCUGGGCCGCCGGCUGCCUCGGCUCCGACAUCCUCGCCGGGAUCGACGCCGCCGUCGCCGACGGCGUCGACGUGCUCUCCCUCUCCCUCGGCGGCGGCGCCGCCCCCUACUUCCGCGACACCAUCGCCGUCGCCGCCUUCGGCGCCGCCGCGCGCGGCGUCUUCGUGGCGUGCUCCGCCGGGAACAGCGGCCCCGGCCCGGCCUCCGUCGCCAACGCCGCGCCCUGGAUCGCCACCGUCGGCGCCGGCACCCUCGACCGCGACUUCCCCGCCUACGCGCGUCUCGGCUCCGGCAGGCGCCUCGCGGGCGUCUCCCUCUACAGCGGGAAGGGCAUGGGCGCCCGGAUGGCCCCUCUGCUCUACGGCGGCGGCGCCGACAACGCCAGCAGGCUCUGCCUCGCCGGCACGCUGGACCCGGCGCGCGUGCGCGGCAAGGUCGUGCUCUGCGACCGCGGCGUGAGCGCGCGCGUCGAGAAGGGCGCCGUCGUGAAGGCCGCCGGCGGCGCCGCUAUGAUCCUGGCGAACACGGCGGCCAGCGGAGAGGAGCUCGUCGCCGACAGCCACUUGCUGCCGGCUCUGGCCGUGGGCAGGAAGGCUGGGGACGCGAUCAGACAGUACGUCGGCAGCAGCAGGAAGCCGACAGCCGCGCUGAGCUUCGGAGGGACGGUGCUCGGGGUGCGGCCCUCGCCGGUGGUGGCUGCGUUCAGCUCGCGGGGGCCGAACCCGGUGGUGCCGCAGAUUCUGAAGCCCGACCUGAUUGGGCCCGGGGUUAACAUCUUAGCCGGGUGGUCCGGCUCCGUCGGCCCCACCGGCCUCGUCAAGGACCGGCGGAGGACGGUGUUCAACAUCCUCUCCGGAACAUCUAUGUCGUGCCCGCACAUUAGCGGUAUUGCCGCCCUCCUCAAGGCUGCGCACCCCGACUGGAGCCCAGCCGCCAUAAAAUCUGCGCUGAUGACCACCGCAUACACCGUCGACAACACGAAUUCCCCCCUUAAAGAUGCUGCAGGUGGUUCACUCGCCACCCCGCUUUCCUAUGGGGCUGGCCAUGUGGAUCCCCAGAAGGCCCUUUCUCCGGGCCUUAUUUACGACAUCGCCACCGACGACUACAUCGCUUUCCUCUGCGCCCUCAACUACAGCAUUCAACACAUCCAAGUGAUUACCAAGAAGGCCAAUGUAUCCUGCUCGAGAAAAUUUUCGGACCCGGGCAACCUUAACUAUCCAUCCUUUUCUGUUGUCUUUGGAAAGAAAGCGAGAGGGGUUGUGAAGUAUGGCCGGGAGUUGACGAAUGUUGGGGCGGCUGGGUCGGUUUACACCGUGAAGGUUAGUGCUCCUGAUAGCGUAAGUGUCACGGUGAAGCCCACUAAGCUUGUUUUCAAGAAGGUGGGUCAGAAGCUGAAGUAUCGCGUUACAUUUGCUUGUAAGAAAGGCGCGAACCAUACAGGCGCGGCGUUUGGAUGGAUAACUUGGAGUAAUGAGCAUCACAUAGCGCAAAGCGCGGUUGCUUUUACAUGGAAAAUGUGAGAACUGAGUGCUUUUUUUUCUUUUUUCUUGUUUGCCUUUUCUUUUCGUGAAUGUUUUUGUCUGCGGAACUCAUGCUGAGUUCUCUCUGUUUGCCGCUUGAAGAGUGUGAUGCAGGAGAACGGCUGUUCUCUUCGAUUAGCAAGAACUUAUGCUUACAUAGCGCUUUUGCUUCUUCACAGGGAAAAUAAAUGUGAAGCUUAGGCACUGAUUGACUUUAAAUACAGAGAUUUACAGGGGUUUAUGCAUCCAUCAAGACAUGGAUGGUGCUUAAUUGUUGAAGUUAUUUGUGACUUUCUUAGUUGUCAUUGAGCAACUGCUUGUUAAUUUCUAUUUUGUGUGACU